AUGACAGCUAUGAUGGAGCCUACAGGAUAUGAAGAUGCAACAACAGAUCAAAAAUGGGUAGCUGCAAUGAAGGAGGAGCUUAACAUGAUCGAAAAAAACCAAACGUGGGAAUUGGUGGAUAGAUCGAAAGAUAAGAAAGCUAUAGGAGUUAAAUGGGUUUAUAGGAGCAAGCUCAAUUCUGAUGGUUCUGUAAACAAGUAUAAGGCAAGGCUUGUAGUCAAAGGGUAUGCUCAAAUGUUUGGGGUAGAUUUUUCUAAAAUUUUCGCUCCAGUUGCUAGGAUGGAUACCAUAAGGAUGUUGCUAGCUGUUGCCACACAAAAGGAUUGGGUUGUACACCAACUUGAUGUUAAAUCAUCUUUCUUAAAUGGGCAUUUGGAGGAAGAAAUAUUUGUGGAGCAACCACAAGGAAGUAGAAAGGAGCUGAUUGACAAGUUUAAAGAAGAAAUGAAAGAUGUCUUUGAGAUGACAGAUCUUGGCAAUAUGACAUUCUUUCUUGGUAUGCAGGUACAACAAAAGCAAAAUGAAAUUUUUGUGUGCCAGCAGAAAUAUGCAAAAGAAGUCCUCAAAAAAUUUAAUAUGGAGGAGUGCAAGUCAACUGCAACUCCAAUGAAUCAAAAGGAGAAGUUUUGUCAAGAAGAUGGAGUUGAAAAAGUUAAUGAAAGGAUGUAUAGGAGCUUAAUAGGCUACUUAAUGUACUUGACUGCAACUAGGCGGAUAUCAUUUUUCAUGGUUAUUCAGAUAGUGAUUGGGCUGGAUGCAUUGACGAUAUGCGAAGCACCUCAGAAACAAGAAGUCAUAGCACAAUCCACAGCAGAAGCAGAAUAUGUGGCAGCUGUUGCUGCUGUGAAUCAAACACUUUGGAUUAGAAAACUUCUUACAGAUUUGCAUAUGAAGCAAGAAGAAAGCACACAGAUAUUUGUGGAUAACCAAGCUGCAAUUUCGAUAGCUAAUAAUCCGAUGUUUGAGUCCAAAUUAGUUGAGGAAAUCGUCAAUAAUGUUUUGAAGAAACUUAGUUAUAUGCCUAAAAAUGAUGAUUGUUAUGAUCACAACUUCAUUGGAAUUGAAUCGCGUGUGGAAAAAAUGGAACAGUUGUCAAAAGAUAAGCAAGUUGUGGGGAUUUGGGGGAUGGGAGGCAUUGAUGAUUUUAACCAUUUAAAAAAUUUAGCAGGAGAGCGCGAUUUGUAUUGUGAGGGAAGUAGAAUCAUUGUAACUAGUAGAGAUCGGCAACAAAAUCUUUCCAAGGAAGGAUAUAUGGAGCUAUCAAAGAAGGCAACAAGCUAUGCUGGAGGCAAUCCAUUAGCUCUUAAAGUUUUGGGAUCUCAUUUAUUUGAUAUGACGAUAGAAGAAUGGAAAAGUGAAUUGGAAAAAUUGAAAGGGGAAAAUAAAUACCGUGUUGAGAGAACAUUAGAAGCAUUUGGUUUCUAUCCAAAAAGUGGAAUACCUCGUCUAAUUAAGAAGUCUCUCAUAUCUAUUUCAUCAGUCAAUCAGAUUCAUAUGCACGACUUGCUAGAGCAAAUGGGCAAGGAUAUUGUUAAUGAGGAAUGCAAACAGCCUGGAGGACGCAAUAGGUUGUGGAAUUAUAAAGAUAUUAGUCACUUAUUGACAAUAGAAACGGGAACCGAAAAUGUUGAGGGCAUAUUGCUUUAUACGCCUCAGAGUUGCAAUUUGAAGCUAAGUGCCACGGCCUUUAUGAAGAUGUGCAAUCUUAGAUUUGUCAAAGUCACAAAUUCAGGAGGACUAGGCCAAGUGCUUCUUCCUAACAACUUCGAAUUUUGUGCACAAACGCUAAGAUAUCUUUGCUGGGAUCAUUAUCCUCUAGAAUCUUUGCCACUAAACUUUUGGCCAAAUAAUCUUGUAGAACUUCAUAUGCGGGGUAGCAGGCUCAUCCAACUGUGGAAUGGAGGAGAUAAGCCUCUUGGAAAUUUGAAAUUAAUGGACCUUAGCUGCUCUGAUGACCUGAUCAGGAUUCCUGGCUUGUCUAGCAUUGCCCCAAAUCUUGAGUUUUUAUAUUUGGAAGGAUGUGAGAGUUUGGUUGAAAUUCCCUCUCUUCAAAAUCUGGGCAAGCUUACUGAACUUGAUCUAUGUGAAUGCCAUAAAGUCAAAGAUUGUCCAGAGAUUCCGUGUAAUAUAAAGUUUUUAAAUUUAGAUUACACUGGAAUAGAGCAACUGCCCUCAUCAAUUAGGCAUCUGUCUCAACUUGCCAUAUUGUCCUUGCAAUGGUGUAAAGCACUCGAGAGUCUUCCAAGCGGCAUUGCAAGUCUUCCAGAAAGCAUCAAACAACUUUCGAAGUUGAAAGAGCUUGGUUUAAGUGGUUGUGAGAGUCUUAUAAGUUUACCAGAGCUUCCAUCAUGCUUAGAACUCUUAUUUGCAAGUGAUUGCCACUCUUUGGAAUCUGCAUCAAUUUCUUUCCAUUCCUUGGAAUAUGAAGAUGAAAAUGAAGAGGCAGACAAAAUUGAAGAUGAAAGUAAAGAUGAAUAUGAAGAAGCAGAUGAAAAUGAAGGAGGUAAAAGUGAAGAUGAAUAUUUUUUUGAAGAUUGCAAAUUUCUUAAUUUUAGUGAAGGCGUCAAUUUGAAUAAGAAAGUAAUGGAGGAUGUUUUUGAAGCGCAUCUGACACGUUUUGAUGAAGAGUGUAUUGUUAAGGCCUCAUUUUACUUCACCAUUGACGAUGACAUUGAUGAUAUUGCUGAGUGUGGGCUCUAUCAUCUCCUUGUUUGGUUCUUAACAACCUUCCGCUCCGCAUUUGAGAAAGAGAUGGAAGACUAUACAGGAGAAUAA